AUGGAAAUUCUGGAUGGUCUAACUGGAGUUGGAAUAGAGCUAAACGACGAACUACGCACUAUCGUUUUGCUAUCGAGCCUUCCAGAACAAUUCGAACAUUUCGUGGUUGCUAUGGAGACACGAGAUCAGUUGCCUUCGUUCGAGGUUCUCACCAUAAAGUUAAAGGAGGAGAGCGAAAAAAAAGGAAUUGCAGAUGAACGAGUCGACAAUACUAAGGCUUUCGCUGCAACACAGAAGCACAGCUUACAGACAAAGAGCUAUGGGCAGAAGAAACGAAAACCUAUCGUUUGCUUUAAGUGUGGUGAACAAGGGCACAUUAAGUCCCAGUGUCGGAGUGAGGGAGAUCACCGCAUGGUACCGAGAGAUGUGGUGAAUCGCCAAAGCAGCCUGCUGCACGCCUGUGACGUCAACAACAUUGACAAUUCAACAUGA